GUGUGUUCAUCACAAUAGUCCAGUGGCAUCGCAGCGAGGGGUUUGAAUCCCUCGGAUCUCGAGUCGGCCAGCCCGACACGUUUCACUGUUGGGCUAUAGAGGCCUCGAGGGGCUUUUUUAUUGUGGCUAAGUAGACCAUUUAAAAGUAGUGUCGCGUGUGGCUCCCUGCUGUUUAAAGUCAAAGCGCGGCGCAAAGGGCAUGAGUCCUGAGCUGGCUCAACGUCUUGCUGCUGAAGCGAUGUCUACCGCAGUGUCCACCCAAGGAGACGCGCUCAUGACCCUGGGUCAAGCCCGAGCUAGAAUGGACAUCGAGACUGUGCUGCCGACCGCACCCAUUAAGUUGCUUGACGAGAUGCUGGAAACCGCCGUGAUGGAGUUUGCUCGCAGACGAGUGAAUCUACUCCUCCGAGACGUGGAGAGGGUGGUUCGCUCACGCGCCGCUCACGUGUUCUUCCAAAACUAUCGUCCGAGCACCGCCAAGAGACACGGAACAAAAGUGCCUCGGUGGUCGAUCCAGAUAGCCACCGAGCUGGCUCGACAGUAUGUGAACGUGCACGGAUCUUCGAUUUUAUUCGGAGACAUCGUCAACAUACCCGCAGAGACCACCACAGAAAUCGACAUGAAGAGCGUCAAAGAUAGACCACCGACGCCUGUACCGUCGAAAACGAAAUUGGCUGAAGUGACUUUCUCCGACCGAGUCGAAGACUUGCCAGAUCCAGUGGCUGUUGGAACCUACCUGCCUGAAAGAAGGAAACUUCUAGAAAUGGUGAACUCUGCCGCCAAACUGCUGUCACGUUCUGUGAGUCAACGCGUGCAGAAAGGCAUGGACGUCACCGUGGGUAAAGUCACGCUGCCCAACAUGAAGCAUCCAAUGGAAUGGGGCGAGGCCGUGGAAAGCCUCGCGUCGGCGGUGGUGGAUAACCGGAUAUACGGCGAUUCGCCCGACGUGCGUCGCACGAGCGAGUUCCUGGCUCACCGCAUACUGCGGUCACUGCUUAUUGAGAUGAAGCAGGAGAAGGAGAAACGGAAAUACAGCCUACAAAGUCGUUUGUCGGACCACGAACAAAAGGACUUCUAUGUCCCAGGAGAAAUGAAAGGAGAAGACGCCAACCAAAGUCCCGAAACCAGCCCAAAGUAGACUAUAAAAAUAUAGUUGGAAUGUCGACGUGUUAGGUCAAUUUUAUUAGUACUAUCAUUUAGAUAUUUGAUGUUAAUUAAUUAAUCAAAAUUAUCUGACAAUGAUAUGAUAUUUCUCUUGAUAAUUCUUUGAACGUUUAAAUUUUUAACAUCAUUUAAUUUUACGGCAAAGUCAGUUUGAGCUAUUUUGGUAAAAUUAGAAUCUAUUAAAAUGGUAAAAUAACAGUUUUGUAAAUAGCCCCGUUUCAUGAGUUUCAUCAAAACAGUUUUACCUGGAAAACCGUAACUAGAUGACUGUGAAUUAUUACUAUUUCGUAGAAAUUGAUAUUGUUUUUGAAGUUUCUAAAGGGAUGCUAGUUUAUACCAAUUUAUUUGUGACUGUUUACUUUUGUAUUUCAGUUUUGUUGACAAUACAUUAAUAUUAUCAAAGAA